UUUUUUAUGCUAUAAAGGAAAAGCCACCACAUUUAGAUGCUGAACAAUGAAGCUGAGUUUGGUGCAGAGGUUGUUACUAAUAGAGAUAUUUUUCUCUGGGGUAUGGACUCAAGAGACACCAGGACCCAUGAGUUUAGAGUGCUUGGGGAACCUUCUGAGGAUAACACUGAGUGCAGAAUACUUUGAAGACAAAUACUUAUCUCUUUUUGUUGUUGAUCAGUCUGGCACAGCCAGGGAGAUUGAUGAGGCCAUGGCAGCACAGUGUGGCUAUACAGUAACUCACACCACCUCCAGGAGCAUUGAGUUCCGUGCUUCUGCCCUCAGCUGCCAUUCUUAUUUAGAGAAAGAUGUGUUCACAGUAACUAUACAAAUCAAAGCAUCUCAUGCUCCAGAUAUGAGCAAUGCUACAACUCAUCUGGAAAGUGCAAGUUGCCAUUAUGGUCUGUGGAGUCCCAGAGAGUUAAUAUGUGAAAGAAACUACAUGGAGGUUUCUGUCAGGAGGGAGGUUCCACAGGCUAUAAAAGACUUUGUUCAAGAUCAGCCUGAAGACUGGACUCUUGUAUUUCCAGAAGCAAAGGCAGAAGAAGCCUCAAUAUGGCAAAUAGUUCUUCAUCAGCCAGAAGAAAAAAGGGCUCUGCUUGUGGGCAAUGCUUGGAGUGCAGGCUAUGGACUCAACACCACAGGCUCCAGGGUUCUGCUGCGAGUGCCAUACGCUGCUGCCCAAGUUCAGCUGGUCGAGGAUCAGGGAAUUACCUUUUCUGUGCUGAGAUCAAGUACAUUUUACAAGUAUCAAUGGGUGAUCCUGAUGGUGGAUACUGCUGUGGCUUGUCCUGUAGAUGGUGUAGACUACACAAACAAAACAAUCACCUGGACUGUUCCAAAGUAUAUUCCACCACUCUCUGCUGGAGUGACUAGCUUUAAGGAUGUGCUUGUGGAAGCUGGUGUGGAUCUACUCAAACUCUCUGCCAAAGAAAUGGCUUCCAGGAAAUAUGUGUUAUUGAAUGAGUUGAAAGCAAUUACAAUGAAGAUUCCAAUAGGCGCAGAAGGUGGUUAUUACAAGACUUCUGUGAGCAAUGGACAGCUUGGGGUAAAAUACACCAUCAACCUGUUCUUGGAACACCAAUGGGAAGACAACAAAUGGAGACUAACCAAGCAUACUAUCAUCAGGGAAAUAGAAACACCAUUUGAACAAGCAGAAGUUGCUAUAACCAAUAAUUUAAAUCUAAGUGAGAGGCUAAUGACUGUUACAGUGGGAACAUUUCUCCCAGAUGUUGAGCUUGUGAACUUAACCAUUGAAGGAGUUCCUGUGGCUGUACCUGAAGCUGUUCAGCAUGGCUACGUAAUACACAGGGCCAGAUAUGCUAAUGGAAGCAAAGCAUAUGUAAUAGAAGUCCCACUUGAUGCACCAAGUAUUAAAAUAGAGUACAUGAGAGAGGACAUGAGAGCAUACACCCUGAAUGUCACGCUCACAUUCAUCACCUAUCCUUCAAGUGAGACCUUUGUUGUCCCAGUAACUGCACUGUCAGCUGUGAAAGAUGCAGUACUGCCCAGUGCGAGAGGGUUUUGUGAUGGGAGGAACCUUCAUCUCAUUAUCACUCAUGGGAAUGUGGACCAAAACUGGUUACCUUUCAUCUCAGACUGGCACCUGACCCAAGAGGCUGCAGAGAAGUACAACUACAUUCUGAGGGACAAUGGCACUCACCUAGCAAUCUCUGUCCCUUUCCUUUCUCCCCAUGUGAGCUAUGAGGGCUUUCAUACCUCUGCAAUUAAGGCUUCAUUCUAUUUAACCUUGAAGGAUGGCAUCACCUUGGCUCAGAGGAGAGAUUUCUCCGUUUCCUGCAUAUUUUCACCUUCAGAGCUAAUACAGUGCCUGCCCAAUGGCACUGUGAUUAUUACUGCAAUCAAACUGGUAGGUGGUGAAGACCUGGACACAUCUCUGCUUGUCUUGAGGGACAGACAGUGCAAGCCCAGUCUAGUGACAGAGAAUACUGCAACCUUUAAGUUCGAUGUGAACACUUGUGGAACAAGUAGAAAGUUCAACAGCACAACCAUGACAUAUGAAAAUGAGAUACUCUAUUUCAGACCUGGCAAUGAUACACCCAUAUACCAACUGAAAUUUCUCUGCUCAUAUGGAGUCAAGCAGACUGUUGAUGUUCAAUAUGAAUCUAAGAAGAACCCACCACCCAGUCUUAAGCCAGAGUUUGGCUGUCUUGUUCUUUCAUUGAAGCUUUUCAAAGAGAAAUCCUAUUCAGAGCCCUACCAGGAAUCAGAAUAUCCUGUGGUAAAAUACCUCAGGGAGGCUCUGUAUUUUCAAGUUGAACUACUCCAGCCUAAAGAUGCAAGACUGGACCUAAACCUGGAUGACUGUUGGGUUACCAACUCCCAAAGCCAGGACAGCCUCCCCCAAUGGCACAUCCUUAUACGUGGGUGUGAAAACAACAAAGACUCCUACAGAACUGUCUUCCACAAAGUUAAUUACAACCUCAGAGUAAAAUUUCCUCAGCACCUCAAGAGAUUUGAAGUGAGGAUGUUCACCUUUUUCCAAGGCACAUCUCUAUUACAAGAGCAGCUGUAUUUCCACUGCAGUGUGGUGGUCUGCAACACUAAGCAACAGCCUUUAGAUGCUUUUUGUCCAAGGAGAUGCAAUCCUGGGAAACACAGACUUGCCCACAGUACACAUCCACAUGGACAAGUGUCAUCUGGACCAGUGCUUAUUAGGAAGAAAUACAGUAAGAGGAGGUGAAUGCACCAACUUCUGACAGACUAAACAAGAACUACUUCAUUUUAUGAAGUUGCAGUUAGAUGGCCUAAGCAAGCACAGGGUGCUGCCCAGAUUCACAAGUAAAAUUGUUUCUGUGGUAUCUGCUGGGAAAAUAGACUGUCAGUGUCUAUGGAGAAAAAGGUCUGCUAACCAAUAUUAGGUGUAACUCUAAGUUAAAUUAUUGUAUUGUUCUCCUCUGUUCCUCUACAGCAUUAAACUCUUUGUGUUUUGUAUGUUCAUCUGACCUGGUCUGCUCAGCUGACAUGUCUGAAACUUGUGUUCCUUUGCAGUUAGAAGCAUCUGUUUUGGAGUAGGGGAGGAAGAUGGCAACAGGUGUGAACUUAAUUGUAAAUCACUUCAAGCUUUUUUUUAGGCUUCUGUAUGAACAAAGGACUGUGAGGAGCUUACUGCCAGUAAAAGAAUGUGGGGCUUUUUUGGAGUAAGAUGGGAUGAAUAUCCUUGAUCCUGUAGUGGCUGUUGACAGGAUGGCUAUAAACUGUGAUUCUUGCAGGAGUGUUGUGGCUCUGCAAUGUCUAGUUGCCUUCCCUAGGUGGUCAAAUCUCUUGCAGGUAACAUCAGUGGCUGCUUAGCUGAGUAUCCUGUCAGCCUAAAUGAAAACAAUUUUUAGUGAAGACUUGUAAUAGCAAUAGUGACAGUAUAUGGACUCUAUCUGCAAAGUGUUAAGGAUUUUUCCUUACUAAGAAUGGGAUGUUAAGGGGCUCCUGUCAGAUUUUCCUGUGUGUGUUUUGUUUUGUUUUUUAAUGGGAAAAAAAUUUCUUGGUUUCUUCUUUGCAUCUGAACAGCAGUGUGUGUGAAAAGAGCUUGGAUUCAAUAUUGUGUUUUCUGUUCUAAUGAAAACUACUGCUUAGCAUGAAACUCGAUCCCUUAGGGGUAGAUACACAAUAAUGGGUGUCUGCUUUUUAACUUUAGAUUAAAGAGAAUUAUACAACAGGAAAUUUCUGUGAAAGCAAACUUGAGCAAGAACGUAUUUUGUGAAUCUAUGAGCACUUUGUGAGACAGCAUGGAGUAGAAAAAAUUGUAUCUCUGUAUCUGCCUAUGCAGAGAUCUCACUAAACAGCUUGUGCUGUAAUUGCAGCUCAUGUAAGUCUUGUUUGUCUUCCAGUUGCCUGCUAAGCGUAUCUACAGUAGAUCUCUUGCUAUUAUUUCUGGAAAAAUGUGUGUGGUCUUCAUCAUGACAAAAACAUCAAGACUGUUUUCCAGUAGAGAUGGCUAUUAUGUUGAAGGAUUUAUUUUGCUACUCCUGUUGUAGGUGAAGACUAAAGCCAUGGAGCUGUGAUAUUGAGGAAUAUCAGCAUGGGAAUAGCAGGAAAAUGCAGAACACAAGCCUGACAGCAGAUUUGACAAGUCAGUGACUUGGUGCCCAGUGCUUUCCUCUGCAUUAACUUACUGGUCUGAGGACUGGGUAAUGCUCUGUCUGCAGGCAAAACCCCUUAAGAAAUCAAAGGAGACACCUCUAAUGAGUUGCCAGGGUUUUGCAUCUAAGGGAACACAAUUAUGGGUGCUUUAAGAGGUGUGGUGACUUCCCUGUGUCUUCCAUGGUGCUGUUUCCCCAAGAAAUGAGACUGUUAAGCAGUGUUUUCUCCAGCUGAGUGACACUGUUCAUGUGCCUCCA